UCCAGCUCGGCUCCUACACUCCGGCCGACCAAAAAUAAAACGGCGACAAAAACAAUAACGGCAGUCGUCAAGCGGCUCGACUGGUGUCUGCGCGGUGUGUAGCAGGGACGUGCCGCUGCAGACAUGAACGGUAUCACCAAGGGCCGGUUCGAGGUGUUCUCAAACAGCGAUGAAGCCCCCAUUAACAAGAAGCUCCCCAAAGAGCUUCUUCUAAGAAUAUUCUCCUAUCUAGAUGUGGUUACACUCUGUAGGUGUGCCCAAGUAUCCAAGGCGUGGAACGUCCUGGCCCUGGAUGGCAGUAACUGGCAAAAGAUUGACUUGUUCAACUUCCAGACAGACAUAGAGGGCCGGGUGGUGGAGAACAUUUCGAAGCGAUGCGGAGGCUUCCUGAGGCAGCUGAGCCUCAGGGGCUGCCUGAGUGUGGGAGAUGCCUCCAUGAAGACAUUUGCUCAGAACUGCAGAAACAUCGAAGUGCUGAACCUGAACGGCUGCACCAAGAUCACAGACAGCACCUGUCUCAGCCUCAGCAAGUUUUGCUCCAAACUCAAACAGCUAGAUCUUACUUCCUGUGUGUCCAUCAGCAACCACUCCCUCAAGGCCCUCAGCGAUGGCUGCAGAAUGCUGGAGCUGUUGAACCUGUCAUGGUGCGACCAGAUCACACGUGAUGGCAUUGAGGCUCUGGCUAGGGGCUGCAAUGGUUUACGAGCACUGUUCCUCAGAGGCUGCACACAGUUGGAUGAUGGAGCGUUGAAACACCUUCAGAAACACUGCCCAGAACUCACCACCAUCAAUAUGCAGUCUUGCACACAAAUAACAGAUGAAGGCCUGGUCAGUCUGUGCCGAGGAUGCCACAAGCUACAGAUCCUGUGUGUGUCUGGCUGCAGUAACAUCACUGAUGCCUCCCUCACUGCGAUGGGACUCAACUGUCCCCGACUCAAGAUCCUUGAAGCUGCACGAUGCUCCCAUGUUACAGAUGCUGGGUUCACUGUACUGGCCAGGAACUGUCAUGAGCUUGAAAAAAUGGACUUAGAAGAAUGUAUUUUGGUGACAGAUAACACCCUGGUUCAGCUGUCUAUCCACUGCCCUCGCCUGCAAGCACUGGUAAACCUUUACACCUGCAGCUCUGAUUUUAUGCCAGGUUCUGCAUCCAUAUGGAGCUUUAAUCCAUUUAUCUGUGUGUCUCCAACCCUGCUGUGCCCUGGACAGUCCCUGUCCCACUGCGAGCUGAUCACUGAUGAUGGCAUCAGAGCUCUGAGCAGCAGUACCUGUGGCCAAGAGCGCCUCACUGUGGUGGAACUGGACAACUGCCCCCUGAUCACUGAUGUGACCCUGGAGCACCUGAAGAGCUGCCAUCGUCUGGAGCGCAUUGAGCUGUACGAUUGUCAGCAAGUCACCAGGGCUGGCAUCAAACGCAUCCGGGCCCACCUUCCAGAGAUCAAAGUCCAUGCCUACUUUGCCCCAGUGACACCCCCUCCUUCUGUACAUGGAGGUGGCCAGCGUCUGUGCCGCUGCUGCAUCAUCCUCUGACAGUGGAGGGCCAGGGGGGGCCACCUCUGUCUACAGGUCCUGCUGCUCUGAUAUGGGCUGAAAUUGGGUGGGAGGGGGGGGGACUGGGGUAGCUCUAGGGGAGAGGAGGGGCUGGACCCACUCACUGCUCCUGAUCACUGAUCAAUACAUAGACUGAUCGCCACUGAUCCCUGAUCAGUUGAACCCGUCCCUCCUCUCUCCUCUUGCUCACCAAUCAGCAUUGCAGCAGCCCCGGGUUUGGACGUGGAGGGGUGGGUGGAAAGAACAUGGAUGGAUGGACUUUUUCUCGCUCUGUCUCCUUCUCUCUUUCUCAAUGUAAAGACAAAAACAGGUUCUCCAUUCUGCUCCUCACACCCCUGACUCCCCACCUGUGGGCAAAGAGGACUGCGUCUGGACAGCUGGAGAUGGGGGGGGGGUCUGAACAGUGGAACUACAAUGCAUCACGUUCAAACUAAAAAAAAAAAAGAAAAAAAGAUGAUAUUGUCAUCUUGGACAACAGUUCGCUCUCUAUGGA